AGAGAAAGGCAUUAAAGACAUGCCAGUUCACACAGCAACCACAAAGGAAGCUUUACCAAUGGCUAAUAACCAACAAAUAUAUUACAGGAACACCCAAGUGUAAGUAGUCACCUCUAAUUUGUAUUUUUUUUGCAUCAGCACCUCUACAAAGCUACAUUUAAAACACGAUCGGCGCCUACAUAGAGAUUACAGGAAAGACACACGCGUCUACUCAAUACGGAACAUGUGGUCAUCGUGUCUAGUCAAGAUCAAUAGAAUCAUACUGGCACAAAGCUUAUGCUUUCACAUUAUACUAGACAUGGCACGAUGCCAGUUUCUCUGUACCAUCCAAUACCAAAAUCUUGCAUUUGAAUGUGGCUGGAUUUUAAUACCGAUGUAAUAUUUCUUAAUUAAAAACCACUGUAGAGCUGUGGUUCACAUGUUUGGGGGAACUGUUUUGUGUGGGAUGUAUCAUAUAUUAUUUUUACAGGUAUCAUGCAUGAAUAUGACAAAUAUAGAUAAAAUUAUUUUUAAAAGCAAUCUUAAAUACUUAAUAUUUAAUUUUCUUCUCUCUCAGUGAAAUGAUAUUUACUUGGAACCACCACCACGGUUCUCUGCUUUAAGUACUCAACUGCAACUCGCACUCUCACACACUCACUCUGUGUACAGCUGCCUCACUCACUCCUGAAACUGACACUAUAGUUCGUCUGCAUUCUUUUCUCAUUUCUCAUUUUUCUCAACACAGCUGUGACUCCACAUUCGCUGGAGAACGCUUUAUUUGUUGAGUUAUUACAUCUCCUCUCUGGUUUAGUUUCUGUGAGGUUUCUCCUUUCCCCAGCACUGAAUUCCCCCCACCCCUGACACUGAAUUUCCACUGUUUCUGUGUCAAUUAAGUGCUCUCACUAGAAGGCAAAUAGCAAAAUGUUAGCAAUAGUAAUUACACAUAUACGAGUGCAUGGAUAUUUGCAAUUGAAAAUAACAGUUUUUAAUUGUUAAUGGUAAGAAAAGACUAGAGUUAAACUCUGCAGAAUAAACUGAUUGUAAACUGUGUUCAAACUAGCCCGGCUGUUAUCAUGUGGCCUGUUCAAGCUAACCUGGCUGUUAUCACAUGUGCUGCACUGCUAUGCUAUUUUCAGGCUGAAUUUCAGAUGGUUUAGGCUCAGUUUCUUAAAAUAUUUCUUCACUGAUAGCCAACCCAACAUUCUUUGCUGAUAUCGACCCAAUUCCAAGAUGGUAUCGGCUCAAUGCCAUCUCUAAAUCACACCAAAAAACAAUAACCUGACAUUUUUAAUCAAUCAGAUAGCAUAUUCCUUUUAUUGGCAUCUAGUUUCAGACUUCAAACGGAAGAACAAACUAUACGAGUGGUUUUGCCAAAUGCCACCACAAAACCACAACCUUGCCAAAAAUGCACACACAAAAAAAUGCAUAUAAGCUUAUAUGACUAACAUGCACAGCACGUCAGUGCACAGCCUACAAAUAAGUGCAUAUAUAUAACUAAACGAAAAAGUAUAAACCAGUGUGAAAAAUCACUUUGGUUCCUUUUAUUUUUUUUUUUUGCACUUCUGAGGAGCAAGUUUACCAACAGGAUUUUUUUUUUACGUACCAUAGACCAGAAAGCAGUUACCCAGUUCUUCACAUUCCAGGAGCCCUUACCUGAUGACAGUAAUUACAUUUACAUUUUUGCUACACUUUGAUUUGAUGUGAUUACCAUUUUACGAAGGAUUACCUUGUCAAAGCAUAUAAUAUGAACCAAACUUAUAUUACUAUAUAGUACUAACAUGACCCUAGCCUAUAUAUUACUACUAUAUACAGAAUUACUAUUUAAACAUAAGAACUGAAUAUGUGAGUAGGACCAAUACCAGUUUGUACUGUUUUCUAGCAUAAUUCCGCCAUGCAAAAAAGCCUUUAAGGAUUAUUUGUUGUGAUGAAGGAGUUAAAACAAAUUAGUUCAGCUGUGUGUAGCUCCUUCUAAACUGGCAGUAUACAUAUGUACUUAUUGUUGUUAUGAACUGAACACUGAGAAGAUCAAUACAGCUAUGACAAUUGUUCUGGCACAUUAGUACGUAAAUCAUAUUGACUUUCAGCCCUUUGCCUUGAAAAUGGAUUUUACAAUAUUUACUGAUCUGAAUCUAUUUAUUUACACUGAACUUUAGCUCAGUGCCCUAAUUAGCAUUACAGUUUUUCACACUUCUAGGCAAGCCCACUUGCAGUCAUUACUUUUUUUUGCUGUGUGGUUUUUGACCUCGUCUGCAUGUUUCCCUUCUUCUAAGAGUUGAGCAGCGGCGCUCACUCGAGAAUGAGAGGGCGUGAGCAACAGGAGAAAGAAAUGAGCAAAUGCAAAAGGGAAAAAAAAGAGAAAGAAGCAAAAGGUGAGCAUCCAAGAGAAAGAGAGAGAAAAGGCAAGAGACAGUAAGAGAAAUGAGAGAGAGAGAGACAUAUAUGGCACUCAGCUCUAAUCCAUAAACCAUGACAAGGGAGUCGGAAGAGAGGGCAACUCGGACGCAAAUCCAGAAGAAGCAGAAUCAUAGCUGAAAGACGGAAGACCUGCACCCUCACUGCACUAAACCUCAGCGAGCAGCGCAGACAGGAUUAGAUCCUUCAUAAAGAAAUAGUUGUUCUACACGUGGAUUUAAUAAAGCAAAGCGGCAAACGCAGACCUUUCCAAUCUUUCGCAAAUGCAAGAAUCUUUGAAUCAUUUAACAAAGCUGAAAGACCCAAAAUAUACAUGUUUUAUGGAAAACUGGAAGGAAAAAAAAAAAAAACAAAUCAGAUUGGAAUGGUUGGGGGUAGAUGAAGCAUUUGAACAUGGCGUGGAAGUGUGUAUGUAGUGUGUAUGUGGUUCAAAAUCUGGGAAUAUUGCCUAGCCAUAGUUUAUGGUCCCCUGCACUGCUACUUGGAUGAAACCUUCUAAGCAUGAGCCAAGAGUUCCUUCUGCUGUCUCACUGGUCAGGCAAAUUUUCCAUAAAUAUCUUUUUUUUUCUCCCCCUCUUCUCCUACAAGCCUGAAAAUACAAGCUGCACUGAAGUUCAGAGAUUCACAAAGGGGACAUAUACACACACACGAUGAGCAUCUUAAACAGCACCACAGCAGUACCAAACAUCUCUAAUCUCCUGCCCACGACUUCGGCGCUCAACCAGUCAUGCUCUCCUGAGGACGAAUUCCUGAGUGUGCCGUUUGCCGUCUUUUACUCUGUCCUCUUCCUCUUUGGCCUUGUGGGGAACCUUCUGGCUCUCUGGGUCUUCCUCUUCCUUCACUCACGGCGGAACUCCGUGCGUGUCUUCCUCAUCAACGUGGCCCUGGCCGACCUGGUGCUAGUGGCCUGCCUGCCGUUCCGCGUGCUGUACCACGCGCUGGGCAACCACUGGCCCCUGGGACCCCACAUGUGCAAGCUGGUGGGAAACCUGUUCUACAUGAACAUGUAUGUUAGCAUCACCCUGCUGGGCCUCAUCAGCCUGGACCGCUACCUGAAGACCCAGUGGGUGCAGGGAGGUCGGGGCAGCUGUGGACGACGCUGGCUCCGGAGCAGCAGGUGGAGCGUGGUGUCCUGUGGGGUGUUGUGGGCCAUCUCGCUGAUGGCUGUGGUGCCCAUGAUCACCCUGGCCGAGGGCAACGAAGAGCAAGGGAAGUGUUUCCAGUACAAGCCGCGGACGGAGGCCCGGAGCAAGGCCUACUUCAACCUCUUCCUGGUGGGCAUCUUCUGGCUGGUGUUUGUGGUGUUGCUGGUGACAUAUGGACGCAUCGCCUGCAACCUCCUGAAGGCGUCCCGAGACAGGCCUGACCUGCCCAACGCCAUGCGCUAUGCCCGCACAGCCAAGAAGUCUUUCGUGGUGUUGUUCCUGUUCACCGUCUGCUUCGUGCCCUACCACAGCUUCAGGGGUGUGUAUGUGCGCUCGCAGCUGUCUGACCCGCCGUGCGAGGUCCGCCGCUUCGUUGACCGCAUCAACGAGGUCAUGCUGCUCUUCUCCGCGCUCAACAGCUGUCUGGACCCAGUUAUGUACUUCCUGCUGUCGGGCUCCGUGCGCAAAGCCACGAUCCAGACCGUUUCCCACGUGUUCUGUGCACGCACCGACACCACCGUGACCACUGGCAGCUCCACCACCGAGUUCCACAAAACGUCACAGUCCUCCACCUAUGCACUGGCUACGCCCCGCGGGAGUGUGGGCCUCAUCCCCUCCCUCCACUUGAAGACCAGCCUGGAGGUCGUGCCCUGCGCUCAGAGGCCUGGCCUGUGUGACUACGAGGGCUAAAGGUCUGGAUUAAAGAUCCGACCUUAACGCCAGGGAGGUGCCGAAAUGCAGCAACACCAUGAGGACAAAAAACCUCAGAGCACGAGCUCUCCCUGACGCAUUGGUCCUGGAGUGAAAAGAUAAACGAUGGAAGUUUCCGUGGGAAGGAUGGGCGGCCGUUACCGUUUAUCCACAGUUGUCCAAGGAAGGAAAUCGGGCAGCUGUGCAUGCUCAGUCAAACAAAUAAGUGACUCAAUGUAGCAAGAAAACUAAAGAUCAGUGAACAUAAGUAGAACCACAGUCUAUUCCAAGAACGGGACUGCAGUAGUAUUAUGAAUACCAGUUUUUGUGGGGCACGUACAUAAGUGUUAUGGGUGAAACUCAGGUGGGCAUCAGGGCCCCCUCACCUGGUAAAAUGGUACCACACAACAGGGUCGUUAUUUUAGAACUCCAAAAAACACAAAAUAAAAAUGCACCAUCAGUGGAACGAAUUUCCACUGUUCUGGGUUCCAUUU